AUGAAAGCGAAGGCGGUGGAACGUGUGCAGUGGAGAUUGGGCUUCCGAAAUGGCGUUGCUGUGGAUUCCAAAGGAAAGAGUGGCGGGUUGGCUCUAUGGUGGAGGGAUGGUGUGGAUGUUUCAGUAAGGCCUUGGUGUCAGUACUACCUGGAUGCAAAAAUAAAAAUAGGCGACGUAGUGUGGCGCUUCACAGGCAUAUAUGGCGAGCCACGCACUGAACUCCGACAAAAAACAUGGGAUGUUAUCCGGUAUCUUCGCAGACAGGACAACUUACCAUGGCUCUGCGCGGGUGACUUCAAUGAGAUCACUAGGCAAGAUGAGCAGCUUGGCGGCAAUGUGAGAGGGGCAGCCCAAAUGGAGAGAUUCUGUGACUGUUUAUCCGACUGCGGAUUAGCAGAUUUGGGUUUUUCUGGCUAUGCUUAUACUUGGAACAAUAGGCGAGAUGGCUUAGAGAAUGUCCAGGCUCGGCUAGACAGAGCUACUUGCAACGAUGGCUUUGCCCAGCUCUUCCCAGCUACAUAUGUUGAGCAUCUUAUUACAGAAGAAUCAGACCAUCUUGCCUUGCUCAUUAAAGUGGCAGCUGCUUUUCCGACACAACAGCGGCAGAACCCACGGGGGUUCCGCUUUGAGGAGAUGUGGACUCGACAUGCGGACUUCCAGACUAUGAUCGAAAGAGCCUGGGAGCAAGAGGAUCGAGGCGAGCAUGGACUACAGGCGUUUUGGAGCAGACUGAAGCGCCUCAGUGGGAGUAUGCAAUCCUGGAGCCAUAGUGUCUUCGGCUCUGUUAGAAAGGAGAUAAAAAGAUUGCGUGAUCAGCUAGAGGUGGCGCGUGGAGAAGCCAUCCAUACAGGGGUCUCACAGGAGGUUCGUGCAAUUGAAAAGGAUUUACACGAGGUUUAUGAGAGAGAGGAAAUCAUGUACAAGCAAAGAUCUCGCGUUGAUUGGCUUAAGGAGGGCGAUAGAAAUACUCGCUAUUUUCAAAAUAGGGCGUCUCAUCGAAGACGUAAGAACACGAUCCAAGCAUUACGGAGGGCAGAUGGAUCGAGGUGCACUACUGAUGAAGAGAUGAGAGCACUGGCUCGAUCUUUUUAUGCCUCGCUAUAUGCCUCUGAAGGGGCUAGCAAUACUAAUACUAUCCUUGACCAAGUGGUUCCACUGGUGACGGAUGCGAUGAAUAAUAAACUGAUGGCAUCUUUUUCAGAUUCGGAGAUUGAAGAAGCUCUUUUUCAAAUGGGCCCAACUAAAGCGCCUGGGCCAGAUGGGCUCCCGGCGCUCUUUUACCAACGACACUGGUCGUUUUUAAAGGAGGAGGUCUGCAGGGCUGUACGAGAUUUUCUAAAUGGUGCAAACUUUCCAGAGGAUUUUAAUGACACGGUCAUUGUGCUUAUUCCUAAAGUCAAUUCUCCGGAACUCCUCUCUCAAUUCAGGCCUAUCAGCUUAUGCAAUGUUUUGUAUAAGAUUGCAUCCAAGGUGGUUACAAAUAGAUUGAAGAAGAUACUUCCCAUUCUGAUCUCGGAAGAACAAAGUGCCUUUGUGCCUGGGAGAAUGAUCACGGAUAAUGUCUUCAUUGCUUAUGAGUGUGUGCACUCCAUCAGAACAAGGAAGCGGAAAAAACCUUUGUGUGCAGUCAAAUUGGAUAUGAUGAAGGCGUACGAUAGGGUGGAAUGGAUCUUUCUAGAACAGAUGAUGUCUAGAAUGGGGUUCUCACGACCCUGGAUUAACAUGGUGAUGAGAUGUGUCAGCACGGUGCGGUUCUCUGUUAGGCUGAAUGGGGGUAACUCAAAUUCGUUCACGCCUUCGAGGGGACUCCGUCAGGGAGAUCCCCUCUCUCCGUACCUCUUUCUUUUUUGUGUGGAAGGUUUCUCCACUUUGCUCAAGAAAGCUCAAGACAACAACAUGCUGAAGGGCGUUAAUUUUGGAAUGGAUGGGCCUCACAUUACCCAUCUUCUUUUCGCGGAUGACAGCAUAGUCUUUCUAGAAGCUUCUGUGGAGAGUUUUCAUGCUCUAAAGGGGGUUCUCCUAGCAUAUGAAUCUGCAUCGGGUCAGAAGGUAAAUCUCCAAAAAUCAUCUAUCUAUUUUGGAGAUGGUUGCAGUCUGGAUAGUAAACAGGUGCUGAAGCAAACUUUGGGUGUCACGGAAGAGGCUCUUAGUGAGCGCUAUUUGGGUCUUCCCACAGUGGUGGGUAGAUCUAAGGAAGGAUGCUUCAAAUAUAUCAACGAAAGAUCUGGUGCUAAAGUGUGUGGUUGGAAAGGGCAAGGGCUCUCAAAGAAGGGAAAGGAAAUCCUUGUCAAAUCGGUACUGCAGGCAACACCAACUUAUCCCAUGAGCUGCUUCAAGUUCAACAAGAAACAAUGCAAAAAACUAAACUCCAUUUCCUCCAACUUUUGGUGGGGUGAUUCUGAUGGUCCUCGCAAGGUUCACUGGAUAUCUUGGGAGAAAAUGUGCCGUCCGAAGCAAGCUGGGGGCAUGGGAUUUAGGGACUUCGAAGCUUUUAAUGUUGCUCUGCUAGCUAAACAAGCCUGGAGAAUUUUAACGGUGCCAUCUUCUCUCUGUGCGCGGGUUCUCAAGGCGAGGUACUUCAAAAAUUCUGAUCUGCUGCAUGCAGGAUGCCCAGGCCGGGGGUCUUUUUCUUGGCGAAGUAUCCUACAUGGCCGUGAUCUCCUCAAACUGGGACUGGUAUGGAGAGUGGGUGACGGCACCAAUAUUGAUGUCUGGAAGAGUUCUUGGAUUCCCAGGUCUGGUGCACAAUGGCCACUGGGUCGUAAGGCAGAUGCACCAACACCAUCCAUUCACAAAGUGGCUGAGCUGAUGUCGGAUGAUGGGACAAGUUGGGAUGAGAACAAAUUACACCAGUAUAUGUUCGAUUUUGAUGCAAAGGACAUCAAGAAAAUAGCAAUCGGAGGUCCUGGAACCGAGGAUUAUUAUGCCUGGAACCUCACCAAAAGUGGGAUCUUCUCAGUGCGGUCUGCUUAUCACCUUAAAAUGAAUCAAAAGAAAAUACAAGCAGGAGGAAUUGAAUCUUCCAGUUCAGUUGACGCGCACAAAGGCUGGUUAGCCUUGUGGAAUGCAAAUAUUCAUGGCAAAAUCAAGGUUCACGUGUGGAGGCUAAUGAAGAAUGGACUGGCGCUGGGAGCUGAGCUUCAUCGACGCAGGAUUAAGGGAGGGGUCGUGUGCGUUGCUUGUGGCCGGGAAGAGACAGCUCUUCAUCGAUUUUGGCACUGUCCCCACUCUCAGCAAAUUUGGGAUCAUAUCAGAAACCAUACUGAAGCCUCGGUGACCAGCCCGCCAGUAGAUGUGCGCACUCAGAGAGACCUGCUCAACUGGAUGUUGGAAUGGCUUAGUUCAGUUCAACAACCGGUGCUUGAGAUUACCAUGAUGACCUUGUAUCAGAGUUGGCUGGCCAGGAACGAGGCUCGGGACUCCAAGAAGAUCGAUGAUCCGGUAAGCAUUGCAAAGCGCUCCAUCCACCUGCUUGAGGAGUGGCACAAUGUUCAGGCUCCUAUGAUCGCCAAGCCUCCGCCCCCAAAGGAACACUGGUUCCCUCCGGCGGAAGGUUGGAUGAAAGUCAAUGUUGACGGAGCGAUGUGGACGAAUUCGGAGAAGGGUGGUGCUGGCGUGGUCGUUCGCGACCAUGAUGGACGGUUCAUCGCCGGUUCGUGCCAUUUUUUUCCCUCUCUACUCGACCCGGAGGACGUGGAGCUCCGUGCUUGCCAGCGAGCUUUGGUUCUGGCAAAGAAGCUAAAGCUUCAAAAGAUCAUCCUGGAAACUGAUAGUUCAUCGGUGGUGUCCAAGUUGAAUAACGAGAUGAAGGACAUGUCUAUGCAUGGGCCGCUGGUUGAAGAUAUUAAACGGGAGCUAAGGGAGAUGGUUGACUACAAGGUGAAGUGGGCACGGCGUACAGCCAAUCGAGUUGCUCAUGUAUUAGCAAAGGAGGGUUGCGGCUUAGAAAGUUGUAAGACUUGGUUUAUUAUUUUUCCUGAUUGUAUUGGUAACUUAUUAACCCAGGACAUGGCUGGGAGUUAA